AUGACACCUGAUUCCUCCUCACCGCCAACAAUUCUUGAGUCUUUCCAGAACAAGAUAUACGUCCUAGAACUUGACGACAAGGUUACGGUCAAGACUGUGAAAGCUUCUGGUGCCACUACAAAGAACACGCCGCCCCCUGAGAUGUUGUUCUACACACCUAUCGUGGAGCAUGAGACGACUGCUGAUGAGUUUCUAAAUCAACCAAUGCUGAAUCAGAUCCUUGGUUCAAGGACCAUCUCCGCCAAGCGCCCUGAGAUUAAACAAGACAAUGAGGCUGGAGUUGUACUAGCAACUAUGACAUAUGUGCUUGAUCCUAUCACCGAGGUGCUUCAUGCAAUGUUUCCUGGCAAAUGGACUCUUCACUCAGAGCAGACCCAGGUCGAGAAAAACGCACAGAAAAACGCACAGAAAGACGAACAGAAAGACGCAGAGAAGGACACAGAGAAAGACGCAGAGAAAGAAAAGGUUGGGGAAUCUGCUCUUCGUACUGACUUGAUCUUCAAAACCUCCGGUUCCAAGGAAACAAUUGCAGUCGUCGAGUUCAAGCGACGACAGUACAUUCGCUACAAGGACUUUGAGGACGCUAUUGUUACGACGAAUCCAACAUUAGAAGACCGCAAGAAAAAGCAAGCCGAUCUUACUUGGAAGGGUACAGGCACCUUGCUCACAGGUAACGCGGAACCCUACUGUAGGCAAGUCCGGGCCUAUGCAAUCCGCACAGAAUGCAAGCACGUCGCACUCUUCAACUGGGACCAUCUGCUACUUUUCGAUUUUGACCCAGUAAAGCCUAAGAUGAAUGGCAAACCCGCAUCAGCCAGCGCUAGACCAAAGGUGUCUUGGGUACAGGAGAGCGACGAAGCAACUGGCUUCAUGGAGUCAGGUCUCAUUCGCAAAGUUCUCCUAGGCUGGCUCAUCAAGGCAUUUAAAGACGCCGGAAUCGAAAGUGAGUCCAGGGAAUAG